UUUGUUACAACAUCUGCUCGGUAGUCAAAUAUAGGCUUCUCUCGUUUGCAAGGACCGUUUAUUUAUCGCAAACUAGAGUUGCUUUGGACGAAAACUGAUAUGUGUCUCUUUUUGUGCGCCGUCGAUCUCUAAAGAUAUACGAUUCCAUUUUUUAAAAAUCUUCAAAAAGAUCAGCACUAGCGGAGACAGACAUCAUUUAUCGCUGAGGGUAAAUCGAACUUUAUUCAAAGCUUAAAUAACACAACCUGUGAAGUAGAAGACAAACUCCGCGCUGAACAAAAAAACAUGGCCAACAACACGGAGGAAGCGAAAACUGGAGCGUCAUUUAGUUCUAUUGAUUACGUUCAGCUCGUUAUUUACCCCGUAAUUCUUCUGUUUGGAUCAAUCGGCAACAUUCUUGUAAUGCUCGUAAUAUGGAACAAGAAAAGACAUCGAAAAAUCAACGACUAUUUCAUUCUCAAUCUGGCGAUUGGUGACUUUUGGAUGGUCACGAUUAGCACCUCCGUGGAUUUCUAUUUAAAGUUCCGUGAAUUUCCAUUCGGUGACUUGCUCUGCAAAGGAGUUUGGCCACUAAUGACAAUGUGCUUAUUCGCAAGCGUGUUCACGCUAACAUGCAUGGCGAUAGAACGCUGGCACACCAUCGUGAAACCGCUGGCUCCAAGGCUCACAGUCACCAAAGUUCUAUGGGUCCUACUUUUUACUUGGAUCGCAGGACUUGGGUGUGUCUCGCCUCUGACGGUAGUUGCCCACCAGAGAGGACGCAGUUGCACAGAAACAUGGCCUAGUUUCGCUAUGCGACAAGCGUAUACAGUUGCAGUUGUUUCGUUACAAUAUGCCCUCCCCCUUUUUAUUAUAACAAUCGCUUACGCAAGAAUCGGUAUUUUCUUGAAGCGCCGCACCAGACUAAAAAUUUCAGACUCCAGCAAGCGCUCGGCUGUAGUGCUUCGUAGACAAGCAAACAACGCUAAAAUCAACAAGAACCUGCGCACAAUCGUGACCCUUUUUGCCAUUUUUAUGUUGCCCAAACAAGUGUUGUGGCUCUGGUUAGACUUCGGCAAAGGCGGAGAUUUUGAGCACUUCGGUGACGCCCUGAUUUUCAGUGAGUUUAUGCUGUAUAUUCACAGUUCUACCAAUCCAGUUGUGUACGGUACUAUUUUGCAAGAAUAUCGUUCAGGGAUUUGCCAUUACCUGAGGCGCAUAUUUCCUUUUUUGAGAUCCAGUUGUACUAAUAGCAUUCAAGUUCAUCCCGAGCUUAAAUUGGAGAGUAAUAAUAACAGUAAUUCCAUGACUCUGACAAACCGAAAGUUAUUCCACCAACCAGAGAGCGUAAAGGAGAUCGCCUGA